GUGGCGCGGUGGUGUUUCCUGGAUGUUCGUGAUUCCAGACAUCAGCGAUGAGAGGCGGCGGUCAAUGAUCAGCUGUCAGUCUGAUCAGCUGUCAAUCACAUGACACGUCCAUGUAAUCAUCUGUCAAUCAUUUACUGGAGGUUGCUCUCUUCCUUCUUGGAAUCUUCCUCCUCUUGUGGUCUGUGGAUGCUGCUGCUGUUUCUCCAGUGGAUGCCGAAGUUGAAGCUCUGCGCGGAUUAAAUGUUUGUGUGGUCGUAUUCCUCUUUACCGCUGAAUAAUAAUAAUUUGCAAUAUUAAUAUAAUAAAUCAGCUGCUGGUGGAUGGUGGUCCGUCCAUGACUUGUUCUUCCAUCAGAGAUGAUGGCAGCUGGACUGAGGAGGAGGAUGGAGAAGAGGCGGGCUGCUGGCCAGGAUUACAGCAGCACGGAUUAAAUCCUCCUGCUCGAGAAGAAGAAGAAGAAGAAUUGACACAAUCAUUAAGAAGCCGUCUUCAGUGAAUAAAAACACCAACAGUCUUCUUCAUCGUGUGGACGUGGACACCAUGGGGAACCUCUAGACUCCUACAGAAGCAGCAGCGUGUCCAGCGUCCUCUGGUGGACACACAUCAAAUGACUCAUCAUGUCGGAGCGCAGUGCCCCUGCAGGCCGGCUCAAACUGGAAUGGGUCUACGGGUACCGAGGACAUCAGUGCCGCAAUAAUGUGUACUACACGGCCGGGAAGGAGGUGGUCUACUUUGUGGCCGGAGUGGGCGUGGUCUACAACACUCGAGAACACACGCAGAGGUUCUACCUGGGACACAAUGAUGACAUCAUCAGCCUGGCCUUGCAUCCAGAGCGCACCCUGGUGGCCACAGGGCAGGUGGGCAAGGACCCCUAUGUGUGCGUGUGGGACACCUUCACCGUGCACACCGUCUCACUGCUCCGCGACGGACACACACACGGCAUCGCCUGUCUCACCUUCAGUGCUGACGGACAGAGGUUGGUGUCAGUGGGUCUGGAUGCCAAGAACACGGUUUGUGUUUGGGAGUGGAGGAGAGGGAAGAUCCUGGCCAGCGCCUCAGGACACUCGGACAGAAUCUUUGAUGUCUGCUGGGAUCCUUUUCAAACAAACCGUCUGGUGAGCUGUGGAGUCAAGCACAUCAAGUUCUGGUCUCUGUGCGGGAACGCUCUGAGUCCCAAGCGAGGGAUUUUUGGGAAGAUGGGCGACCUUCAGACGAUCUUGUGCGUGGCGUCCGCUAAAGAUGACGUCACGUACUCUGGAGCGCUCAAUGGAGAUGUUUACGUGUGGAAGGGUCUCAACCUGACCAGGACGGUCCAGGCCGCUCACGGGGCGGGCAUCUUCAGCUUGUACGCGUGCGAGGAAGGCUUCGCCACGGGAGGAAGAGACGGCUGUAUCCGCCUUUGGGACGUGGACUUCAAGCCCAUCACCAAGAUGGAUCUGCGGGAGGCGGAGCAAGGAUACAAAGCUCUUUCCAUCCGAAGCGUGUGCUGGCGAGCCGACAGAAUUCUGGCGGGAACGCAGGAUGGCGAGAUCUUUGAGGUGAUGGUUCGCGAGCGCGACAAGCCGCUGCUCCUCAUGCAGGCUCACAGCGACGGAGAACUUUGGGCCCUCGACGUUCACCCCAAGAAACCUCUGGCCGUCACCGGCAGCGACGACCGCUCCAUCAGGCUGUGGAGUCUUCUGGACCACGCCCUCGUCGCUCGCUGCAACAUGGAGGAAGCGGUGAGGAGCGUGGCCUUCAGCGCGGACGGAUCCCAGCUGGCUCUGGGCAUGAAGGACGGAUCCUUUACCGUGCUGAGAGUCAGAGACAUGACGGAGGUGGUCCACAUCAAGGACAGGAAGGAGGUCAUCCAUGAGAUGAAGUUCUCUCCGGAUGGAGUGUAUCUCGCUGUCGGCUCCAACGACGGAAUGGUGGACGUCUACGCCGUCUCCCAGCGGUACAAGAAGGUUGGAGAAUGCAGCAGGUCCUCGAGCUUCAUCACACACCUGGACUGGACUUUGGACAGCAAAGUCCUCCAGACCAACGACGGCGCCGGAGAGCGUCUCUUCUACCGAAUGCCUCUGGGAAAGCCGCUCCUCAGCAAGGAGGACGUCAAAGGUCAGCGAUGGGCCUCCUGGAGCUGCGUCCUGGGUUCCGAGGUCAACGGCAUCUGGCCCAAAUAUUCCGACGUGUGCGAGGUCAACGCCGUGGACGCCAACCACGCGGCGGGCGUGCUGGUGACGGCCGACGACUCGGGUGCGGUCAAGUUGUUCCGCUUCCCUUGCGUCAGGAAAGGUGCCAGGUUCAAGAAGUACAUGGGUCAUUCUGCCCAUGUGACCAAUGUCCGCUGGUCACAUGACCUGCAGUGGGUGCUGACCACAGGGGGCGCAGACCACGCCCUCUUCCAGUGGAGCUUCCAGCCUGAGGCCGUCAUGAACGGGGGACUGGACGUCAGCGUUCUCGACGGUCACGGGGAUUCCAACAACGAGGACUCGGAUAGCGACUUGUCUGACGUCCCCGAGCUGGACUCGGACAUUGAGCAGGAGACUCAGAUCAACUACGAGCGACAGGUCUACAAGGAGGACCUUCCUCAGCUGCGUCAGCAAAGCAGGGAGAAGAAACAACAAGUUGGGUCCUUGAAGAGACAAAGAGGUCCAGAAGAAGGACUCCGCCUGCAGUUUGUGCACGGGUACCGCGGUUACGACUGCAGGAACAACCUGUUCUACACUCAGGGGGGGGAGGUGUUGUACCACGUGGCGGCGGUGGGCGUGGUCUACAACCGCCAUCUGCACAGCCAACGCUUCUACCUCGGCCACGAUGACGACAUCCUGAGCCUCAGCAUCCACCCGCUCAAAGACUACGCUGCCACGGGACAGGUGGGGAGGAACCCCACCAUCCACGUGUGGGACGUCCAGACUUUAAAAUGUCUCUCCUUGCUCAGAGGAUUUCACCAGAGAGGAGUCAACGCUCUCGACUUCUCAGCUGAUGGAAAGGCUCUGGUGUCCGUGGGAGUUGAUGACGUACAUUCCAUCGUCGUUUGGGACUGGAAGAGAGGAGAGAAAGUGGCCACUGCCAGCGGUGACAAAGAGAAGAUCUUUGUGCUGAAGUGUAAUCCUCUGCUGAUGGACAAGAUGGUGACCGUGGGAAUCAAACACAUCAAGUUUUGGCAGCAUGCAGGUGGCGGCCUCACCUUCAGGCGUGGUGUGUUCAGGAGCAUCGGGCGUGCGGAGACCAUGAUGUCGGUGUGUUACGGCCGCAGUGACGCGCUGGUCUUCUCCGGCGCCGCCACGGGAGAUGUUUACAUCUGGAAAGAAGUUCUACUGCUGAAGACGGUCAAGGCCCACGAUGGACCUGUCUUUGCCAUGUUCUCCCUGGACAAGGGUUUUGUGACGGGGGGGAAGGACGGCGUGGUGGAGCUGUGGGACGACAUGUUUGAUCGAUGCUUGAAGACGUACGCCAUCAAGAGGGCUGCUCUGUCUUCAGCAUCCAAAGGCCUGCUGCUGGAGGACAACCCGUCCAUCAGGGCCCUCACUUUGGGUCAUGGACACAUCCUGGUCGGAACCAAAAACAGUGAAAUUCUUGAGAUUGACAAGACUGGACCCAUGACUCUGCUAGUACAGGGUCACAUGGAGGGGGAGGUGUGGGGUCUUGCCCCUCACCCCCUCCUCGCCGUGUGCGCCACCGUCAGCGACGACCGAACUCUGAGACUGUGGGAGACGUCGUCCACUCAUCGCAUGGUGGCCGUACGCAAGCUGAAGAGAGGGGGUCGUUGUUGUGCCUUUUCCCCUGAUGGAAAGGCGUUGGCGGUGGGUCUGAGUGAUGGUGGCGUGUUGGUGGUGAACGCUGACACGUUGGAGGAUGUCCUCAGUUUCCAUCAUCGCCGUGAUGCCGUCUCUGACAUCCGCUUCAGUCCAGACUCAGGUAAAUACCUGGCGGUGGCGUCACAUGACAGCUACGUGGACAUUUACAACGUGGCGAGCAGCAAGAGAGUGGGCGUGUGCAAGGGGGCGUCCUCGUACGUCACGCAUAUUGACUGGGAUGCGCGAGGUAAGCUGCUGCAGGUGAACACGGGCGCCAAAGAGCAGCUUUUCUUCGAGGCACCGCGAGGAAGACGUCAGCUCAUCAAACGCUCACAGCUGGAGCGCCUCCACUGGGCCACCUGGACGUGCGUGCUGGGCGCCACCUGUGAGGGCAUCUGGCCAACCCACAGCGACAUCACCGACAUCAACGCCACCUCGCUCACACGCGACGGAACGCUGCUCGCCACCGGAGACGACUUUGGCUUCCUCAAAGUCUUCAGCUACCCUGUCACUGGUCAGUUUGCACGUUUCAAGCGGUACCUGGGUCACAGUGCGCACGUGACCAACGUGCGCUGGGCUCACGACGAUGCGGCCCUGCUGACGGUGGGCGGAGCCGACACCGCGCUGAUGAUCUGGACGAGGGAGCGAGGGGGCGGGGUCAGCAGAGACGGGGAGGGCACCGUACCCCAAGAGAACAGAGCGCUCGUUGACAGCGAAGAAUCGGACGACGACAUCGAGGAAGACGGCGGUUACGACAGCGACGUCGCCCGUGAGAAGAGUGUGGACUACGUGGCCAAGAUGGCUGCCGUCAGCCUCCGAAACAUGACAGGAAGUAAACCUCAACAGCAGAGCAAAGACGUCCCUGCUGAUGAGAGAGCGCCUGUCAGUCGAGCUGCUCCACAGCCAGAGAAGUUGCAGAAGAACAACACCUCCAAGAAGAAGAAAGUGGUUGAGGACCUGGUUCUGGACCACGUCUUUGGUUUCCGGGGUUUUGACUGUCGCAACAACCUGCACUACCUCAAUGACGGUGCCGACAUCGUCUAUCACACGGCUGCCACCGCCAUCGUGCACAGCCUGAGCACGGGAACUCAGAGUUUCUACGUGGAGCACACUGACGACAUCUUGUGUCUGACCGCCAACCAACACCCGAAAUACAACAACGUCAUCGCCACUGGACAGAUUGGUGACAUCAGUGACCUCACAGGCAGCACGCCGUGCAUCCACGUGUGGGACGCCAUGAGCAAACGCACGCUGUCCAUCCUCCGCUGCGCUCACUCCAAAGGCGUCGGCUACGUCAACUUCAGCGCCACGGGGAAGCUGCUGCUGUCUGUGGGCGUGGACCCUGAACACACCAUCAGCGUGUGGCGCUGGCACGAAGGUUCCAAAGUGUGCAGCAGAGCGGGACAUCCCGACAGGAUCUUUGCGGCGGAGUUCCGUCCGGACUCGGACUGCCAGUUUGUGUCGGUGGGAAUCAAACACGUGAAGUUUUGGACGCUGGUGGGCGGCGCUCUGGUGUACAAAAAGGGCGUGGUGGGGACGCUGGAGGGGGGCCGCAUGCAGACCAUGCUGUCGGUCGCCUUUGGAGCCAUCAACCUGACGCUGACGGGGGCCAUCAAUGGAGACGUGUACGUGUGGAGGGAACACUUCCUGCUGAGGGCGGUGGCCAAGGCGCACACGGGGCCCGUCUUCAGCAUGUACACGACGCUGAGGGACGGCCUCAUCGUUACCGGCGGCAAGGAGAGGCCGACCAAGGAGGGGGGGGCAGUGAAGCUUUGGGACCAGGAGAUGAAGCGCUGCCGAGCCUUCCAGCUGGAGUCGUGUCGCCCGGUGGAGUGCGUGCGCUCCGUGUGCCGAGGCAGAGGUAAGAUCCUGGUGGGCACCAAGGACAGCGAGAUCAUCGAGGUGGGCGAGAAGAACGCAGCGUCCAACGUGCUGCUGGACAGCCACGCCCGGGGGGGCGUCUGGGGUCUCACGUGUCAUCCCGCCAAGGAGCUCUUUGUCACGGCCAGCAAUGACGCCACCAUCAGGCUCUGGGACAUCGCUGACAAGAAGCUGCAGAACAAGGUGUGCGUGGGCCACGCAGCAGUAAGUGUGAGCUUCAGCUGGGAUGGAGAGAUGUUAGCCGUGGGGAUGAAGAACGGAGAGUUCCUGCUCCUCUUCGCCAGCUCCCUGAAGAUUUGGGCGAAGAAGCGAGACCGCAGCACGGCCAUCCAGGACCUCAGAUUCAGCCCAGACAGGCGCAUGUUGGCGGUGGGUUCUCAGGAGAGCACCGUGGACGUUUACGACGUGUGUGGAGGAUCCGCUUUGAGCAGACUCGUCUCCUGCUGCGACCUGCCAGCCUUCGUCCUCCAACUGGACUUCUCUGCUGACAGCAAACACAUUCAGGUGUGCACGGGAGCGUACAAGCGUGUGGUGUUUGAGCUUCCUUCAGGAAAACUGCUGACUGAGCAGAACGCCAUCGACAGAAUCACCUGGGCUUCCUGGACCAGUGUCCUCGGAGACGAAGUCCUGGGGAUUUGGCCGAGAAACGCAGACAAAGUGGACGUGAACUGCGCGUGCGUGUCGCACGCCGGCCUCAACGUGGUCACCGGCGAUGACUUGGGCCUCGUCAAACUCUUUGACUUCCCGUGCACGGAGAAGUUUGCCAAACACAAACGCUACCUCGGACACUCGCCGCACGUCACCAAUGUGCGCUUCUCCCACGGCGACGGUCACGUAAUCAGCACGGGCGCAGACGACUGCAGCGUGUUUGUGUGGAAAUGUGUGCUCACACUUUGACCUGACGCCAAACCGCGGCUCAUUUCAUCACCACGACGAAGGAAGUGGCGCCGCCUGCUGGAGAAACAUUUCACCGCUUGUCACUUUUUCAUUUCCUGCGUCUUUUGAAGUGCCUUUCUGGAAAUUUCCACUUCUUAUUUUUAUUCUUGUGCUUUUUUGUACACUUGUCUGGUUGGUGCUACACUGGAAUGUAAUGCUAAUUACACUGAGAAUGUUGCAUUCAUGUUCACUUUAAAGGGACAACAAAGUCAUUGUGCUUCUUUAUUUUGAAUUGACGUGAAGACAAAAAGGUAUGAAAAGAAGCGUGGAUGACACGUAGGUGUUAGCUGUUGUUGUGUUUUAUGUGGAAGUCAAACAUGACAUUAAACUGCUGCUCUCAUGUCA